CCCCGCCGUUGCGGUGCAUCGUUUAGGCGCCUAGCCCCGCGAAUCCACGGAUGGAGCGAACAUUAGAUGUACUGAUGAAGAGAGACCACCGGGGUGAAACAGAUGUGCCUCGGUGUCAGGAUGGUGUGGAUAAGACCUUUCAUCCAAAGGGCACCUCCUGGACUAACAGCAAAUGCUGGACAUGCACAUGCCUUCAGAGUGCCAUGCGCUGCUGUCAUGGAGGUCUGAUGUUCCAAAGUAAACAUAUGAAACAUCUUACCGACAAUUUUCCUGCAAACUGUGAGGUGACAUACGAUUAUCACACUUGUACGUUUAAGGUUUUCCAAAAGGGAAAUCCAGCCAUCAGGUGUACUUAUUCUGCUACUGGAAAGUGAUGCUCAAGUACACAAAUCAAUAAAGAUUUCUGGCAUUAUGCACAUCAGUGGUGAUUAAUCAAAUUAACAAUCACAGUUUACAGAAUACCACAGUAGCAGACACACAAUACCCAGCAAACGUGAGAUGCAGGCACUCAAGUUAGUGAUACACUUAUAGACCUGUAUGAACAUGAAAUAAAUAAA